AUGUUAGGUCCAUCAUCAUCGUUUACCAGCACUGAAGAAACCCUUCGUUCAUCUGUUUCGUCAAAAAAUCCACAAGGAUUAGAUUUACCAACAAACACAUCAACAAUUCCGCAACGUCUACAAUUAAAUUCAAAUAUGAACAACGAACGAAAAUUAGAUGAGUUACAAUACACAUCAUUACAUCAAUUAUCACCAACUACAACGUUUGAUCAAAAUGAUCGUUUAAAAUUAGAAGUUGAACGGUUAACAAAAGAAUUAGAACUGAUAAAAUUACAACAAUCUCAACAACAAUCAAAUGUACGUUCAUCUCAUUCUGAUACAUUUUGUGCAAUUGUUCAACAACCGACGACAACAAUAACACAAUUACCAUAUUCGAAUGUAAAUACGACACCUAUUCAUAUAAUAGUUAAUACCGAUCCACUUCAACAAAUGAAAGACUUUGUCAAGCCGUUCAAUGGCAAUCCCAACGAUGAGGUUAUUAAAUGGUUGGAGAGUAUUGUUCAUUAUUUUGACAUUGCACAAAUAUCAGGUGAUAAAGAAACUUUAUAUUUUCAAUAUGCUCCAGCAUUCUUGAAGGAAUAUGCAUAUAAAUGGUGA